CUGCGUGCACACUUCCGCCGUCGGGUUUUGUCAGUCUUGGUGCUGCGGCCCCAAGGGGCGAAGGUGUAUAGUACUGGCGCGGGGACAGUGAGGCUUCGGUCCUGGGGACUGCUUCCGCGACAGCCCCAGUCCCGCGGUGAUAUGCACGCGGACCGCUUCGAGCGUGCACGAACCGACCUCGGAUCCGGCGCACGAAAGGCCCGGGAGGACGGCCCCGCCGCGCAGGCGCGGAUUCUGGUCCAGGCUGAUGGGAGCAGAGUGCCAGCACCCCAGGCUGCAAGCCCGUUUCUGUUUACCGUCCUGCCUGGACAGGUACCUAAGCAAGUGAUUUCAUCCACGUGCCCCCGGAAAUGUUGCAGCAGAAUGAGUGAGCCCAGUUUGUAAUUUCAGACUUUGUGGGUGUCUGCAGAGCGCUGGCUGUGCUGGUCCUCUGGUGAGUUUGGUGGAACCAGUGAGGCGAGUGGCUUCAAUCUGGCGUUUCCCACUGGGAGCCAGGGCUGCACAGCACAGUGGCAGGCCCAGCUGGGACAUGCCAGCAGCUGGCUGUCCAGCCACUUCUGAGUGGAGUCUCGCAGACAACUCAUCAGAGUUCCCAGUCGUGGAAAUGAAGUACACCAUCAAAAAGAAAACUCCCACUGCGUCUCCAGGCUGUGGCUCUCAGGAACAGAUGACUCGUGCGAGAUAAGAGGGGAAAGGCUCAGGACUGGGGGGGUGUUCCUCCAGUCUGCAGACCUCAACCAGACACCCCUCUCAGCGCAUCAGGACAGAGAGAAGUCCCAGAACGGCAGAUUUCCCAAAGCAGCAGAAAAUGAUUCCGUCGCAGAUAUCGUUUGAGGACGUGGCGGUGGCUUUCACGUUGGACGAGUGGCAGCUGCUGAGCCCCACCCAGAAGAGCUUGUACCGGGAUGUGAUGCUGGAGAACUACAGUAAUUUCGUGUUCCUGGGUUGUGAAAUUACUAAGCCUGAUGCAGUUUUCAAGCUGGAGCCAGAAGAGCCCUGGGUAAUAACUGAAGAAGUCCUGAGUCAGAACCCUUCGGAGGAACUCUGGCUAGAUAAUAAUCUCAAAAUGUGGCACCAGAAUAAUCAAGACAAACUUCAAAGUACAGAGAGCAACCAUGGAUAUGAUGUUUUUGGGAAAAUACUCCAUUCAAGCAUUAACUUUGUUCGUUUAGGAGUGAGACCCUGUAAAUCUGGCACUGGUGUAAAAAGUUUGAAACAUCCUUUUGAUUUUCUUAUUCCAAAAAAUAACUGUGGAAGAAAGAAUCUUGAGUUCAGUAAGAAAUUGUUAUUCUACAUCAAACAAGACAGAACCCAAGGUGGAAUAAAAUACUGUGAUUGCUAUAUAUGUAGGCAAGUCAGCAGUAAAGAGUCAUGGCUUAUUACAAACCAUAUAACACACACAGGAGUCUAUUUAUGCAUGGAAUGUGGAAAAGUGUUUAACAAGAAGUCACAGCUUGUUAUACAUCAGAGAACUCAUACAGGAGAGAAACCCUAUGGAUGCAGUGACUGUGGGAAAGCCUUCUCACAGAAGUCACUGCUCACUAUCCAUCAAAGGACUCAUUCAGGAGAAAAACCAUAUGGGUGUGGUGAAUGUCCAAAAGCUUUCAGUAGGAAGUCUCUCCUCGUUUUACAUCAGAGAACACACACGGGAGAGAAGCCCUAUGGAUGCAGCGAGUGUGGGAAAACCUUCAGCAGGAAGUCACAGCUUAAAAGACAUCAGAUAACUCACACAAUAGAGAAACCCUAUGGCUGCAAUGACUGUGGGAAAUCUUUCUCCCAGAAAUUAAAGCUCAUCACACAUCAGAGAACACAUACAGGAGAGAAACCCUAUAAAUGUGGUGACUGUGGGAAAGCCUUCUUUUGGAAGUCACAGCUCAUUACUCAUCACAGAACUCAUACAGGGAAGAAACCGUAUGCGUGUAGUGAGUGUAAAAAAGCCUUCAGCAGGAACUCACUGCUCAUCAGGCAUCAGAGGAUUCACACAGGAGAGAAACCCUACGAAUGUGGUGACUGUGGUGAAGCCUUCAUCAGAAAACCACAGCUUAUUAGACACCAGAUAACUCACACGGGAAAGAAGAACUACCAGUGCGGUGACUGUGAAGAAGCCUUCUUUAAGAAGUCAGAGCUCAUCAGACAUCAAAAGCUUCAUUUAGGAGAGAAGCCCUAUGGGUGUGUUGAGUGUGGAAAAACCUUCUUUGGGAAGUCACAGCUUUUAACACAUCAGAGAACUCACACUGGAGAGAAACCUUACGAAUGCAGUGACUGUGGGAAAGCCUUCACCCAGAAGUCAAGCCUGAUAUCACACCAGAGGACUCAUACAGGAGAGAAGCCCUAUGAGUGCACUGAGUGUGGGAAAACCUUCAGUGAGAAGUCAAGUCUCAUUCAUCAUCAGAGAACCCACACUGGAGAAAAACCCUUUGAAUGCAGUGAAUGUAGGAAAGCUUUUGCCUGGAAACCACAGCUUCUUAGGCAUCAGAGAAUUCACACCGGGGAGAAACCCUAUGUGUGCAGUGACUGUGGGAAAGCCUUUGUUCAGAAAGUGCAGCUCAUUAAGCAUCAGAGGAAUCACACAGGAGAGAAAGCCUACAGAUGCAGUGAUUGUGCAAAAGCUUUCUUUGAGAAGGCGCAGCUGAUUAUACAUCAGAGGAUUCAUACAGGAGAGAGACCCUAUCGAUGUGGUGACUGUGGGAAGUCCUUUACUAGAAAGUCACACCUUAUGAGGCAUCAGAGAAUUCAUACAGGAGAUAAAUACUAUGGAUGCAAUGAGUGUGGGACUACCUUCAACAGGAAGUCACAGCUCAUCAUCCAUCAGAGAAAUCAUGUAAUAUAGAAACCACACAAGUGCAGUGAGCAUGGAAAGCAUGCUAGUAAAUGUCAGGCCUCCUGACACAUCUGAGGACACACACACAAGGGAAACCCUAUCAAUGCACUGACUGUGGGAAAGGCAAGCCUCACUAAAGAAUUCAGAAAGGGGAGAAUGUUUUUAAGGAGACCAUAUAAGGAAGCCUCCUCCCAGAAAACUCAGCUUACUACACAUUGAUGGCUCGUCAAUAUUGUGAUAGCACGGAACCUUUCAGUCAGAAGUGGAAGUUCAUUAAGCAUUUAGAAUACCUGAACAGGAAAAACAUUCUAUUGUCAUAACAAGUGAGAGACGUCAUUAAGAAAGGGUGACUUUUGUUAAUUUUAUUAUAUACCAGAGAAUACAUGCAUAGAGGAAAUACUGAAUAUUAGAGAUUUCGUAAGGAGGAGUAGUCCUAAUUGAAGAAUUUGCUAAGCAUGAUCCUAUUGAAAUAAUUCUGUAAGUUAUGUUCGUUGUAUAUAAAUUAUUCUAAAAGAUAGUCAUUUUUAAAUAGCAGAUGUGUUUUACGUGAAGACGUCUGCUUUCUGCCGUGGUACUAUACCAAGGGCCAGAUGGACUGUCCUGCCUAACCAGAUAAAAACUGCACAGUAUGUGUGAAAUGAUGGUUUCAGACACGUGACAGGCACAGGGUUUUCAUCCCUGACAGAAGGUGGACAAAGUGGUGGCAGUUUCCAGGCUACAGUUCAGGGAAGGGAACAGAUGCAGCCUUGCUGAAUUGAAGAGAAUUGCUGAACUGGAGUUUGGGGAGGCCACGGUAGCUAGAAUUUGCAAAGAACAGACUGGAGAGGAUGGAAAUUCCCAGGGACGGGGCUGGGCGAUCUUCAAGGAGUCCCCUUGAGCCUUUGGCUUGGUACCGAUUUGCAUGUGUGUGAAAGAAAGCUUCCUCAGACCUGAAAAGCAGCAGCUGAAUGAUUCCUGGAUCUCAGCACAGACCUCAGAAUAGUUUGUGUUCCCACCAGUCAGAGUGCAAACAUCUUUCCACACAUAGGGCAUCAGGCAGAAUUCUUAGAAGACUGCUACCUAAGUGGUGAGGGAAUUAAUCCUAGAUUGAAAGCUACUCUGGACCCACAAUGUGUGGUGUCCAAAAACUUACAAAAGAAGCAGGAAAAUGUGACUUGUAAUUAGGAGAAAAAUCAAUCAGUAGAAAGAGACCAAGAAAAAAAGACUGAAGGGGUUGGAAUUAAUACACAAGGAUGUCCAAAUAGCUAUUAUAAGUAUAAAUGGAAACGUGAAUUUACUGAAACAAAGUGGAAAAUACAUUUUUAAAAACCCACAUGGAACGUUUCAGGAUACGAAUAUCUUAAAAUUAAAAAAAAAAGUGGGUGGAAUUAAGAACAGUUUAGACCUAUAAGAAAAAAAUUAAUGAACUUGAAGAGUAAGAAUAAAAACUAUCCCAAUGAUGUACACAGAGAAAAAAGAUGGGGAGGGGAGAGAAUAGGGGAUGCAUGACAUUGAUGUAACAAGCCCCAGAGGGGAGAGAGAGAAGAGGCGAAAGAAAGUAUUUGAAUAACUAAUGGCUGACCCUUUUCCACAUAUGGUAAGAAGUAUGACUCCACAUACUCAAGAAGCUCAAAGAACUCUGCACAGAAGAAACAAAGAAACUCAUGCAUGGACAUCAUGUCAAGUGAUGAAAACCAGUGAGAACAACUCUACAGCGGAAGAGAACAACUGUAAAAAGGAAAAAGGACCCAAGAUACUCACAGAGCAAAGGAUGAGAGCACACUUCUAGAAGACAGAGGGUAACACCUUUAAAUUACUAAAAGGGAAAAACCCUGCCCCCUAGAGUGCUGUUACCCAUCGAAACGUCUUUCAAAAUGAAAGCAAAAAAGACUUUUUCAGAAAAAUACAAUCAAAGAAUUUCUCAUCUGUAGACCUACCUUCAGGAGACAUGCAAGGACGUUUUUGGGUAGUGGGAAAAGGACACAAAGUGGAGGUUUCGAUCUGCAGGAGGUCUGCAGGGGGACAGGACGAGCUCCGGAAAUGGUGAGUGUGUGGGUAAAUAUGAAAGGUUUUUUCUUCUUCUCAUUUUAAAAGGUAAUUGAGUGCUUUAAGCCAAAGCAAUGACAAUGUAUUUGGGGUUAUGAUGUAUUUCAAAGUAAAGUGUAUGGUCACAAUACUGCGUAAGUGUGAGUCUUUAAAACAAGUGACUGGCCUGUGUCAUGAGUCAGAAUCCUGUUCCUCGGCGCUCAGGAUGACCUGUUUGUAGCAGCUGCACAACAGUUGUCUGUGUUGUGGAUGUGGCCAUGUGCUGACGACCUCGACACCUGCAUACCACGUCCUUAUCUGCUCUGUGCCCUCAAGGGCUGUCCUCUAGGGACCUCCUGGCCAGGGUUGCUCUCACAUAUGAGCAGGGUGGGGGGGUGUUCUAGUAUGAGAUGGAGAUGGCACAUGGGAGGAAAAAAGCUGAGCCCUUGCCACUUAUGCUUCCUCCCUCUGGACUACGGGUGGCAGUCUCUUCUGCCUGGCUGCAGUUCCCAGCAGGCAGGUGGCCCAGCGUUCAGAUCUCCUCCCUCUCCUUGCUCCUCAGACAGGGUGUCACUAUCCUGGUUAGUUUCCUUAAUUCUGAACACACAACUAUAAAGAGUCCCUUUAUUAAGCUGUUGAUGUUUAGAGUAUCCCAUGCGCCUGCUGUGCCACGUGCUAAGCGGUGAGCACCUGGAGUUUUGAGCAUUGCAGUGCCCUAGGGCAUGGGCUGAACUGAUCAAGAUUUCCCACUGUCAAUGGCAAUGUUUUUGUGUUCAACAAUUCAGUAGAAAUUACAUCACAUAUCAAAGUUCUUUUGUUUUGUUCAGUUUUGCUGAAAAUAUAACUGGUUCAGGAGGUUGUUGCCAUCUGCCCCAUAUGCAAGUGGCCCUACAGUCAGUCAUUACUGACCCUUCAUAGGAAAACCAAGACAUCUGCGGAAUCUUGUGCUACCUCUGGGUUAGCCAGACAACCUAAAAGAAAAGCGCUGUUAUUUAUGUUAAAUGUGUGGACAAGAAAAAGCGGUAGCCCAUUACUGAGUGAGGAAGGAAAGGUGUGGACCGUGCUACCCAGAAGUUUCAUCUUAAUAAAUUGUGCUGUGCAGUUCAAAUACCCUCAUCCCAUAUUCUGCUGUUUUUUCAUAUGUGUCAUUCAUGUAAUCUGUAACCAUAAACAAGAUUUUUCAUUUCAGUAGUCACAAUUACUACAGAACCUCUUCCAAGGCUCCACACCAGUUCCCAUUACAACUGAUGCCAGAAAGCAAAUAAGCUUUUCUAAGAUCAAACCAAAGCUGCUUCACUUAACAUGUCAUGAAGCGUAAGUUAGGUUGAAACAAACUCUCAGAGGUCCAGUACAGACAUCAUCAUCCCAUUGCUUGUCCCUUGUGACCUGUUACCUAGCGCUUCAGCUUUCUUGGUCCUCUCUCAUCCAGUGGUUCUGUGAUGCUGGCAUACACACCUCAUGAAGGGUGGGAACUUCUCCUCCAUGUGCACUUGCAUUUCGGUCUGCAUCCUGAAGGAGCUUUUCAUGCAGGUUUUCCAUUUUGUGUAACUGCAGGAGGCACCAUUCGUGAUGUAGUCUGUUAAUGAAUUUGUGUAUGGCUCUGGUCCUGUCUUGAGG